UAGGGAAAGCAGGAGUUUUAUCACUUUUCACAAACUAACAUAAGCAACCACGCACUAAGCCAUCAAUUUCAUUCUCACUCAAAUUAAAAAUGAUGACAUGCAAAUUGCAGUUAGGGGCAUUUGCUAGCAGCAGCAACCAUUCCAGGCAGCAAGGAGCACCCAAUAAAGUGCGCUCCUGUUUGAUGGUUGCCACUGAUGAUCAUCAAGACACCUUUUUUAAGACUAACCUCCCUACCAAAUUGGCCAAAACUUAUGUGCCUACUAUAAAACCCUUAUUAGAGAAGGAGCUGCAAGAGAGUAAUAAUAAUACUGAUGCCCCCAUCAUUAACUCCGGUAAAUUUGGUAGGUUUGGAGGCAAGUUUGUACCUGAGACACUUGUAGUUUGUUUGAGCCAGCUUGAAGCUGAGUUCAACAAGGCCCUACAUGAUGAAGCUUUUAAGGCAGAGCUAGCAGAGGCAUUAAAAGACUUUGCAGGGAGAGAGACGCCACUGUAUUACGCGCGGCGGUUAUCGGAGUACUACAAGAUGAACAACAAUGGAAAAGGCCCUGACAUAUACCUCAAGAGAGAAGAUCUCAACCACGGUGGCUCCCACAAGAUGAACAACGCUCUUGCACAAGCCAUGAUUGCCAAACGCCAACCGCCGCAGCCUGCGCUAAGCUUGGUUUGGAAUGCACAGUGUUCAUGGCCGCCAAAGAAAUGGAGAAGGAAAGUUCUAACGUGCAGUUGAUGAAACUGUUAGGUGCUAAGGUAGAAGGGGUUAAUGGAAGCUUCAAGGACGCAGCAUCGGAGGCAUUUCGGUGUUGGGUGGGAGAAAUGGAAAACAGUUACCACUUGACGGGUUCGGCAGUUGGGCCGCACCCGUGCCCGACGAUGGUGCGUGAGUUUCAGUCAGUGAUAGGGAGAGAAACGAGGAAGCAAGCGUUGGAGAAAUGGGGAGGGAAACCAGACGUGCUGGUAGCGUGCGUGGGGACUGGAUCUAACGCUCUUGGUUUGUUCCACGAGUUCUUAGAAGACAAGGAUGUGAGGCUCAUUGGUGUUGAGGCCGGUGGGUGCGGUUUGGAGAGUGGAAGACACUCUUCCACACUCGCCACUGGUGAAGUGGGUGUGUACCAUGGAGCCCUCAGCUACCUCUUGCAAGAUCAGGAUGGACAAAUUAUUGGACCACACUCCAUUGCCCCCGGGAUGGAGUAUCCAGGAGUUAGUCCUGAGUUGAGUUACCUAAAAGAAACCGGACGCGCCGAAUUCUGCGUUGCAACUGAUCAAGAAGCUCUUGAUGCUUAUGAAAGAUUAUGCAAAUUGGAAGGCAUAUUUCCAUCAUUGGAGGCUGCUCAUGCAUUGGCUAUCUUAGAUAAUCUGGUCCCUACCUUAUGUGACGGCAGCAAGGUCGUUGUAAACUGCAGUGGUUGUGGAGAUAAGGAUGCAGCUGUAGUCUUUGAUCGCAAAUUAUUUCAUGGAAAAUUUUAAGCACACAAAGGGCAAAUAAAGAAGAGAGAAAGAAGAGAGAGGGGGGGGGGGGUUUAAAAGCAAAAAAAAAUAAACAUCCAUGUUACGCCAUGGGGAAAAAUUUAAGAAAGGAAUUGAUAGAAUGGAGGAUUAGACAAAUAGGAAUAAUUAAUUCAUUAUUAUUUUGUUUGUACCAAUCCGUGUAUAGUCCAUCCUCACUUUGCCAUUUUGGCCAAGUUGUAUAGUAUAAGUAUAGUUGCUUUAAUAAUUUCUUCCCCCCAUAUGAAUUGAAAUCGUAUAUAUGUUGUCUCCUUAAGCACAA